UCUCUCUCUCUUCUUUUUUCUUUUUUCUUUCUUUUUUUUUUUUUUUUACUUUUUCACGUAUCCAUCCCAUUGGGGGGCCCUCGCUAACUAAGCCACUCAGCUUACGAGAAUAAAAUGGGGUGCAAGAACAGAGUUCGGCCUAUGCAGCGUUAGCCCAACUGCUUCUCUGGAUUGCUGGGAACCAAGCCCUCGCUUCCCUCGCUUCCCUCAACUUUCCCCCCCGUGGCCGUCGUUUUGGCUGAUGGGCGGAGAUCGAUCACGAAUUUAGCCAGUAGCAGGAGGCGCCCAGGGCUCCACGAGUCAUGUGUGUUGCAUCUACGCCAGUAGCCACGAGGCAGCUUAAAGUUUCCUGAGGUUGGAACCGAACCGUACAUCCCGUCUGGCGCAACGCACCGAGUAAAGCCAAGGGGGCGUCAGAGGUUAAACAGAACUACGGGAAGAAGAAGGGGACCCAGAACUUCGAAAAAUAUGCCGCUGGUUCAAAGGAGAAUUGUCUCAAACAACGCAACGGGCAAAAAACAACAAUGCUUUUUCUGCUCGUGCCUCCAUUAACCUGUGCAUGCGGCAAAGUAUCUCAUCACUACUGCAUACAAGUAUUAUUAUUAGUUACAGAUCUAUUCGAUUCCGGUAGGAUGGUUAUGAAGGAAUGCAGCUGUAUUCUGUAUUUUAUACACCGCACAAGGCAUGUGCCAUGGCUAGCUUCCAAAUGUUGAAGUAUCUUCAAUAAAACGGGACUUCAAUGGCUACAGUGGCUGGCUCCACGAAUUAUUAUCCCGUGAUUGAUUGAAAAAAUGGACAAUGAUGAAUGGUUCAACAUUCGGCUGGGGACAAGUGGGCACAAAAAGUAUAUAUCAUUCCCACAAAGUUGUUGAUGCUCAACGUUAUUACUACGACUACUACUACUACUACUACUACUACUACUACUACUACUACUACUACUACUUACCGAGUAGUAGGUAGUGAUUAUCAUUUCCGCUCUCCUUGCUCCGCUGCUACUACCGAGUGCGCCAGCAAAAGAAGAAAAAGCAUCAUCCCCACUAGUCCUUCACCACCCCCCCCCGGCUGGGUUCUGGAAGAUCUUUGGGCCUAGCGUUCGUGUACCCAUGUCAAGCUAAAUAUUUCCCUAAUAAUCCGUCCACUGUGGCCUCCUGCACCAGCCUGCCUGCUUGGGUAUCCCAUAUCAACCUGCCUGAGCCCUUUGUCCUGGACUUUUGACCCUGUUCAACUCAACUUCUUCUGCUGCUUCUUCACCAUUCCGCGUCCGCCACCACAUUAAUGAGUUUUCGAAUACACUGGUGAAUUCAAUACCUUAUAGGGUUUUAUAUAAAAAAUAUCUAGUCAACUUUCAGUCAACUUUCAUUCAUUGCCGACGUGUUGAGGACAAGAUGAAUCUAUCCCACUUGGUGACCAGCUACUAUAGUCCUCCUUCGACGUAUUCUCAUUCAAGCACGUCCCAGAAACGUCAAGCCUUACAGAGCGAGCCUUCCUCGUUAUCUGUUUCCAAUGGAUACUACGAUCGCAAUGCUUCAAAUCUUGCAUAUGCCCGCUCUCCGCAACCGCCGUUAUCCCCACCUGUCGAGGACCAGGCCAGAUUCUCUCUGCCUUCAAUAUCGAGCUUAUUGCAAGGGGCGGACCAACUCGCUCCUGUUCACGUAGCUAAAAAACAUCGCCGCAAUCCACUGUCAUCUGGAGAGGUAGACCUGAAGUCUCAAGGCCAGGGAGCCUCCCAAAAGCCAAUAAGCAGGCCCAGGAUGAUUUUACCACCGACCCCUCCCUUACGGCCAGGCUCUGGAUUAGAUGGAAGCAAACACUCUCCGUCUGGCUCGUCACCAUCGUCCGCAAACUCGCCCGUUUCAGUAGCAAACCUCACAAGUGCGUCAUCUACGGACUCUUCCUACCAGCCCGGGAUGUCCCAAGUUCCAUUCCCACCACAAUCAGCCAGGUCGUCCGUAUCCCAGAGUUCUCCCAUCUCCCUUACCGAUAAGCAUUACACAGCGUCCUCAAGUCUACCCGCAAUCUCAACACCAUUUGCUUCUCCAGUUGAACCUCCAACCACCUCUACAGAGUACUAUCCUCGCCCAACUCAUGCCCCUUCGUUCUCUCCACCUAUUCCUCUGACAUCCCCGUCAGCCCACCAGCACCAUCACCAUUCCAUGGUCUCAACCUGGCAGCACCACCACUACUUCCCACCCUCAAACACGGCUCCCUACCCACAAAAUCAUGACAGGUACAUCUGUCGAACAUGUCACAAAGCCUUUUCUCGGCCUUCCAGUCUGCGUAUUCACUCACACAGCCAUACGGGCGAGAAGCCAUUCAAAUGCCCGCAUGUCAACUGUGGCAAAUCGUUCAGUGUCAGGAGUAAUAUGAAACGACACGAACGUGGUUGUCAUACUGGGAGACCUACGCAAGCAGCUCUGGUGAGUUGAGAAGAUCGGAGAACAGCCUAAAUUCAGUUUCUGGCAAAACUACCUCACAAAACGAGUUCGAAUAUUGGGCAUGAUGAAUGCCAGGAGGACGAAUAUUCCCACUAUUGUUCUUGAAAAUAGAGAUACACCGUCAGGACCGUUGGUGUCCCUUAUUUCUCUCCCCUGUUUGUCAUCUUUACUUUGAAACCGAAUCUGGAAAAAUCAGGUUCUUAAUAAUGUGAAAAUGAAACCACCUCUUCCGCGAAAUCGAAAUCCUGCCGGUUUAUAUGGUCCACGAAGCCCCCUUUUGGCCUGCAUACCCGCCCAUAUGCAGGAGCAAAAAAGCGAAAAUGAUGCAAGAGCCAAAACGAACCCUUCGGCGAAAAUGAUAAACUUCCAAAUGUUAUAGUGAAAUGGCGCAGCUAUGGGAAUCAGAUAUACUUGGCACAGUGCAUCCGAAUAUCUCCCCAAAAGGAUAUGCGAUAUCCACUUGACUGCUUCCACGCUCUUCGAAUGUCUUAAAGGGCACUAGGCCCGACAAGUUUGGGACAAUUAAGACCUUGAUUGGUGUUAAACAGCAGAAGGGAAUUAUGGGACAUAUUGCUACACCGGAAUAAAAGGAGCGGAGGAGGAGGAAGAAAAAUAUGAACAGAAAAACAAGUAUAGACCUAGGGACUUUUAAGGGGAUGGCAUGGACUGAUAGAGGAGAAAUAGAAUCCGAAAAGAGCCAGACACUUAUCUCACUUAGCUACUUCUGGACCAAGUCACGAAAGCCGACUUGUGUAUUGAAUAGCCAUUUUCACGCAUUCGAUGUAUUACUAUGAUUGCUAUUUUUUUUUCUUUCAUACUUAUGUCUCCCUUUUUCUUCAUACCCUUUUUUUUUUU